AUGAACACACCUUUCACAAAUCAGAAUGGUAAACUUUUUACAAGGUUUCUAAAUGCCAAACGAAUGAACGACCAUCUAUGCACUCCGUUUCAGUUCGAUUUUCAGACACCCUAUUUAUCUAACAGAUAUAUGUCAUCAAGUGCUAAAUUCGAAAGUGGAUGUGGUUGGCCCUCAUUUUUUCAAGCGUCAGGCGCCAAUGGAACUGACGAUUCCACUUCAAACAUUAUUCGUCUAGACGACGAUUCAUUGGGAAUGAAACGAAUUGAAAUUCGUUGCAAACAGUGCAACGCUCACCUUGGACAUGUAUUCGACGACGGCCCCAAGCCGACCGGUCUCAGGUAUUGUAUCAACAGUGUUUGUUUGAAUUUUGUGAAAAAAUAA